AUAAAUUUUAAUUUGAUGUUGACGCUUCAAUCAAUUUUUGUAUCAAUUAUUAUAAAAUGGCGGAUGAGGACGAAAUAGAUAUUUUGGGAGAUUUUUCGUUUAAUUCUUGUCUAGCUCAAAACAAUCAAGGAAUACCAUCCUGUUCAGAUCGAGAAGAUACAGUACACCCUCAAUGGCUCUUAGAUUCACCAGCAGCUAAUUGGUAUGAUAUCAAGAGUAAUAAUAGGUCUAAGGAGGGUCCCUCUCGAAAACUUUCUGGCAACAAUUCUAGCAAGAAUCAAAAUGAAGUAUUUCAUACAGCCUGGACCCAGCAAGAAAGGGAUAUUCUCAAAUUGGAAAUGGAAAGGUACGGGAGGAAUGUAAAGAAAAUAUCACAAACUCUUACCACCAAAUCAGAGGCUGAAAUACAAGCUCUGAUAGAAGCUGAGCAUGGUAUACAUUUGGACACAGUAAUCUGGGAGAAACAUGAUGACCAGGACAAUGUGCCCCAUGUGGGCCAGGAAGAAAUAAUCACUGAUGACAUCAUGAGCAUGUCAGAUGUUAUAACCAUGGUGACCACUGGCUCCCCGACAAUAACAUUGCCAAAGAGAGUGUUUAGAAAGAACAGUAAAGCACCCAAAUCAAUUAAUUCAGUAGUGAAAAGUGGUAUAGAUAUGAACAAAAUAAGUAUAAAUGAACAUAACGUUAUAAAUUCAAAAGAUUCACAUGAAAAAUUAAGUGAAAUGGCAAAAAAUUUUGCUAAACAAAAGGAGAAGGUGAAAACUGUGAAAAAACUUGGCAACCAUAGGAGGAAAGUGUCAAGGAACUAUGAUAAGGGUAGAGUUAAGAAUAUCAAAGAUAUUAAAUCACCGCAGGGAAGAAAGACUGACUCAAGUUUAUCAGAAGACAGUGUGAAAAGUCCUAAAAUGCAAAUUGUUUUGGGCUCAGGACAAGCACUGCCUGUUUCUGAAGGAGAGCAAGUGAUAAAAAUAGAAAAGAAAAAAGAUUCAGAAGAAGACAGUGACAUAGAGAUCGAUGUAGACAGUGAAACUGAAGGGGAUACUCCGAAAAAGAUAUCCAACUUGGCGGAGGAUAGCACAUCACCAGUUAAACAAGAGACGGACAAUGCACCAGUAGCUGUACCUCUGAGGAGAUUAGAAAUGCCUAGAAGACGGAGAAAAAUAAAUUUGGAUGGCGGUGGUGGGUACCGCAUCCUGCACACGGAAGCCGGCGACGUGUACGAGGUGAGCUCUGAGCCGCGCAAGGAACGGCAAGCUCGCAAGCAACCUGUGCAGCUGAUACGCUGCAAGGAAUAUGGCCCUGAUCGACCUGUNNNNUGCGAAGUUCACCUGCAUGUCUCGGUGCUGAUCAGCAUGGACGUGCACGCGCACACCUCCAGGGCGGAAGUAAUGGGGCUAGUGGGGGGGUGCCAGGCGGCGGGGGGUCUGCUGCUGUCGGCGUACCGACCAGCCCGCGCCGCGGCUAAUAGUGUGCACUGUGAAAUGGAUCCAGUGUCGCAAGCCAGGGCGGGCGAGCAGGUGGCGGCGGCGGGGCUGGCGGUGUGCGGCUGGCACCACUCGCACCCGCACUUCCCCGCCGCGCCGUCCGCGCGCGACCUCGCCACGCAGCGCGAGCUGCAGGCCGCGCUCGAGUGGCGCCUGCCCUUCCUCGCGCUGCUCACCUCGCAGCGCCCGCCCGCGCCGCACUACAGCUGCUUCCGGGUAGAGGAAACCGAAGACGACCCCACCCCCACCGGUUACCAAGUGGACCUGCAACUUGUACCCGAUAUCACAGCGGAGAAUGUGGCCCAGUACCUGCGGGGGCUCAGGGAGCUCCUGCAGCUGGUUGAGAGGACAGAGCACAGCGUGGACAUGGUGAAUGAUGUGUGUCCACACACUGGUGUCUGCUAUUUGGAUAAGUGCAUAUGGAGUGUGUCUCGGAACAUGCGGCAAGCUGGCUACGACAGUGACGAUCCGAUCGUCAAACAACUAGUGCAGGGCGUGCGGGAUAUAUUUAGAUAAUUGAUUUAGGACAAUUACUCUGUUUGUAUAAAGUAUUUGCAUAUGGAACAGUUUAUAUAUUUAAUUUAUAGAGGAAAAUGUUCUAAUUCUCAAUAUUUAAUAUUCAUAAAAUAAUGUUACAGUAGUUGAUGGCUUGUAGUAGCGAAUUUAAUUCACUCAAAUACACUACUAUUUCUAUUCAAAUAUAGGGAUACUUCACGCCAUGUAAAGUUUGUACACCAUUUAACUUUUUAUUUCCCUUUUUUUUCAUUUUUUCAAAUAACUUCUGUGGGUGUGUGGUUAUACUCCGCUUUGAAGGCUUUGACCAUUAUGUAAAUUAUAAAAACUUUUUUAUUUUUUUUUAUUACCUUGUGUGGCAUCAUAAAAGAAAAAAUUAACGCAUUUAAUUUUAUCGUCAAUAUUCGUUUCACAAUAAAAAUGAUAAAAACGUCUUUGGUCAAUGAGCUGCAUAAUGCUCAGAAUUGCAUGAUAGAUUUUUUUUCAUUUUUUAUUUUUUAUCUUUCCGUAUGUGAUAUAACAUACCUCAUGCAGUUAGUAGUGGAAGAUGAAAAAACUCAUUUUACUUUUUUUCGUUUAAAGUAUACGAGAUUAGGACAUAAUUCUUCAAGUUGAAAAAUUGUGUUUGUUAUUUUCGAAUAUUAUAUUUUGUAAUAGUUUAAUUACAUGUCUGUAAAUAUUUUAGCAAAUUUAAUAUUUAGAGUUAAUAUAUUACUUGUAAGUAUAAUUCGUAUAGCAGUAUUUGAAACACUGUUGUGAAAGCAUGUUUUAAUUAAACAAUAAAAAUGUGAACAAUU